AUGAGUGUUUUCUCAAAGUUCUCUCCGCAAGCCAAAGUUUCAUUGGUUCACUGCGAAGACAAUCAGGUGCUCCUCACACCAAAAGAUGCUUCUGCACCUGAUAAAGCAACCGCAUCAGAGAAAGAACAGAUUCAACUCAUAGAUCUCGUCCGCGAAGCUACCCCUUCGACAUGCAAACUCAACCCUUUCCUCUUCAACGGCCACCUCCAGACCGGCUACACAACAAUCAAAGAAACUAACGAAAUCCCCAUCUACUACAAGCGCAAGAUCUUCGAGCAGGAAAUUCCUUCUCUCGCGGGCCAAUUCGCCGUUGACUUUGUCGUGCCGGCAUACCCCAAGACGACCGACCCCGAAGCUACCGAUGAAGCUAGGAAAUAUACCCUCCCCUCGGGACUCCCGGCACGAACCACUUUCUUCUCAAAAGACGAGCUCGCCGCGCUGCCAUCGAAUGAUUCCAAACCUAUGCUGGUGGCGCUACAUGGAUUGACCGGUGGAUCGCAUGAGGUGUACCUGAGAGCUGCUCUUGCACCGCUCGUGCUAGAUGAAAACAGUGGAUGGGAGGCAUGUGUUGUCAACGGUCGAGGAUGCGCGCAGAUGAAAAUCAGCACCCCAUUACUAUUCAAUGCGCGCGCAACAUGGGACGUUCGCCAAGUCGUGAAAUGGCUUCGAAAGACGUUUCCGAAUCGGCCGUUGUUCGGCAUUGGGUUUUCGCUGGGUGCGAAUAUUUUGACUAAUUAUCUUGGUGAAGAAGGCGAAAACUGUCUUUUGAAUGCUGCCGUUGUUUGUGCUAAUCCAUGGAACUUGGAUGUGACCAAUGUCGCUCUUCGGAAUACAUGGAUAGGUGCUGAAGUCUACUCAUCGCAUAUGGCCAUCAGUCUCGUAAAGCUUUUUAACCAACAUGUUGAUGAAUUAACGCAUCAUCCGCGCUUGAACGUCAAUGAUAUGGAGAAUGUUAAGUACAUCCAUGAGUUUGACAGAGCCGUGCAAUGCGCAUUAUGGGGCUACCCGACUGAAGGAGCCUACCAUCGUGAUGCAUCCUCUACAGACUCCCUACUAGCAAUACGCAUCCCAUUCUUGGCCAUAAAUGCGGAAGAUGAUCCAAUCUCCGUCAAACAAGCAAUUCCAUAUGACGAAUUCAAACAGACACCAUACGGCGUCUUAUUGACCACUUCCUGGGGCGGCCAUCUCGGCUGGUUUGAAUUGGGAGGUUGUCGGUGGUUCACCAAACCGGCCGCCAACUUCUUGGACCGUAUGGCAAAAACCAUCGAUCUUUCCGUCACACCCAAACCCCAGAAGGAUAAAGAAGGGCUGUACGGAGAACAACUCGCGAACGGUAGCAUUCACAAACCGUCCCAUGCAUCGGUCUUUUAUCCCGUGAACCGCAAGCUAUCCAUGACCAUCGAUAAUUAG